UUGGAAUAUUUUAGAAAACAAGUUUGAAAAUGACAAUAUCGACGACUUCUUUUCGAAUAGGAGAAGGAAGCGUCUUGGAGGAGUGAUGAAGUUUGUUGGAAUAACAGACCAACUUCCAGUUAUUCUUACAUCUAUGUCAAUGGGAUCUGAGGUAAUUCUGAUGUUUGAGUUUGGAAAGUCAAUGAAUAUGAGCGGCAUAAUCUGCCACGACUGUAAACCAACUGUGCCUAUGUUUAUUUUGGGCUAUUUGGGACGUCCGACUGGGGCUAGCACAUACCCUGUUUCAAAUUUGGAUUUGAGUUUUCUGACACCCAAAUCAAGAUCAUAUAUUAAUUGGUUGGCACUGCUUCAAGUGUUUGAAGUAAAACUAUGGAUAUUAAUAUUUUCCUGCUAUGUUUUGAUUGGAUGUUACUUUUGGAUGGAGAAUAUUAUCAAUCAGAAUGUAAAUUCUCCCAGAUUUUUAUCAAUUACUGGUUUGUUUCUUCUUCAAGGACUAAAUCAUCGAAGCAUAUCACCCAAUCUCCGAACGCGUUGCCUAAUUGCGACAGUAUUGGUUAUAGCCGUUUUGGUAUCGUCUAUGUUUUCUUCGGGUGUUGUUCAAAAAAUGAUGACUGUUAGUUACGAAGGCGAGGUGCUGACCAUUGAACAACUUGCUGAUUCAGAACUCAUGGUGCAAUGGUCAAACAACCCGUUAAAUUUUUUCGAAUCCAACGCGUUUACGGAAGCUGAAGUUCGUGCAUUUUCACGUUGGUCAUUAACAAAUUUUAAAUUGCCUUAUUAUGAGAAAGCCAUAGCACACUAUGUCACUAUUACAAGACUAUCUACAUCGUUGAGCCGACACAAUCUAAAUAUCCUCCCAUUUGUAAGAUCAAUGAAUUAUUUUUUCCUAAAAUCGUACAGUGCCAUUUGCAUAUCCAGGUAUGAUUAUAUUCUAUUCAUUCCGUUUUUGGACAAAUUUAUAUUGAGGUGCAAAGAUGCUGGUUUGAUGAUUAAAUGGGAAUGGGAUACAUAUAUGUGUGAAAAUAAAAUAGGGCACUUACUUGAAUAUAUGGAUUCUCGUGAACCAGCGAGUGUGCCCACUAUUUUACGGUUUAAUCAUGUGCGUGCUGUCUUUGGUAUCUGGAUUAUUGGCAACAUCAUUGGAACACUGGCAUUUGCUUUUGAAAAAUUUUUGGUGAUGACUUACUAUACCAUAUUGCUCAUUUAAAAUGGUAACUUUACAUGUGCCAGUUGACUAUAAGUUGGCUAUAUAGUUAGUCUGCACUUCGUCUGAUUUAGAGAAAUGUUGGCAUGUAUCUCAAUAUGUAUAAAAUUACUCGCCUUUUUAAUUUAACAGGAAUAAUACGUUGUUAAAUAGUUUUCACAUGAUUGCAACUUGUUUUUAGUUGAUAUCGAAUAUGAAAAAAAUUAUAUAAUUGCUUCACGAUAUUAUAAAUAGUCUAGUAUGAGUUACUGCAUGAGUUAACUUAUGAUUUAUAUAUUAUUAAAUCAUUAAUUCUAUUGAUUAAACCUGGGUUGUGAUGUGAUUCGAUUAAUGGGUUUGAAAUAUAUCUUUAAUAAAA